CAUUCUUCCACCUUACUCCGUCUCUUUUCUUUGUUACUCUAGUCCGUCCGGAGUUGCGUACUGUCGGGAUUCCUGAGCGCUGGUCUUUGUUUAUAUCCGCCCUCGAAUUCCUCAGCAUACCCUUUCUACCGAUAUAACUUCGCUUUACCUUUUGUUGCGUUCGUUUCGCCACAACCACACAACAAAAUGUCUACGUUCUUCUACGGUCACCAGCAACAGCACCAGCACCAGCAACACCCUCACCACGGUGCUGCCGCCCACAUGGCCAACUCAAACAACCACCAUGGGGGUCGUUCCCGUCGGGGACCCAAGAUGACUGCCCAGAAUGCUCAGCGCCAGUUCAGAGGUGUCAAGAGCAUGCGGGAGCUUGCUGAGGCCCCUGCUGUGACUGCUUUCCGUGCCCGUUUCGAAGCUGGACGGUCUUUUGACCUGGAUGACGACCUGGAGUUUUGCCCCAGUCUCCUGACGGAAGAUGAUCUGCACUCCAUUCACUCUGCUUCCUCGGAUCGGUCAUCUCUCUCCAGUGGAUCUCCCGAUACCUCUCCUCUCCAGCAUCAAAUCCAGCCUGUCCAGCAGGUCACCCCCUCCAUCUCCCUGUCUCCUGCCUCCAGCAACUCCUAUGUUCACUCAGGAGUUAGCGGUAAUCUUAAUCACGUGAACUUCCAGCAACCGUCCGCAGUCCGCACCCGCAAGGUUAUCCCGAUCGUCAACCCCAAUACUGGCAUGACCUUGACGAGCCCGCCUACGUCGAUCUCCCCGGCCUCGAUGCAGAAUGCCCAACGUCGGUGGUGAGGACCGCGAUUCUGGCAAGUCGCCGUUCCAUUCGGCAAAGGGCCGCUUAGGCUCAUAGCA